ACCAUGUAACCAGGGCUGCCUCCGGGAGCGCGGAGGGGAAGGGAGCCCCCAGCCCUGCUGGGCCGGCCCAGGCCCCUCCGCGGCUCCCCAUUCCACUUCCCACCUGCCCAGCACCCCCCUCCCUGAGGCUGUUAACCCCGGGACGCCCCAAGCUCAGCCUCUGUGUGCAGCAGGCAGCCCUGAGCAGGGCUAAGGCUCCAAGAUGCCCUUGGUGGAUUUCUUCUGCGAGACCUGCUCCAAGCCCUGGCUGGUGGGCUGGUGGGACCAGUUCAAGAGGAUGCUGAACCGUGAACUCACACACUUGUCAGAAAUGAGCAGGUCAGGAAACCAGGUCUCAGAGUACAUUUCUACAACAUUCCUGGACAAACAGAAUGAAGUGGAGAUUCCAUCACCCACGAUGAAGGAGCGAGAAAAACAGCAAGCACCACGACAGAGACCCUCCCAGCAGCCUCCACCCCCCAUGCCGCAGUUCCAGCCCAUGUCUCAGAUCACGGGGGUGAAAAAGUUGACACGCAGCAGCAGCUUGAACGACUCCAGCAUCCCUCGCUUUGGGGUGAAGACUGACCAGGAAGAAUUGCUGGCCCAAGAACUGGAGAACCUGCACAAGUGGGGCCUGAACAUCUUUUGCGUGUCGGAUUACGCUGGAGGCCGCUCCCUUAGCUGCAUCAUGUAUACGAUAUUCCAGGAGCGAGACCUGCUGAAGAAGUUCCGCAUCCCUGUGGACACAAUGGUGACAUAUAUGCUGACGCUGGAGGACCACUACCAUGCCGACGUGGCCUACCACAACAGCCUGCACGCGGCCGAUGUGCUGCAGUCCACCCACGUGCUGCUGGCCACGCCUGCGCUGGACGCCGUGUUCACCGACCUGGAGAUUCUUGCCGCCCUCUUCGCGGCUGCCAUCCACGAUGUAGACCACCCUGGGGUCUCCAACCAGUUCCUCAUCAACACUAAUUCGGAGCUGGCCCUCAUGUACAACGACGAGUCGGUGCUCGAGAAUCACCACCUGGCCGUGGGCUUCAAGCUGCUGCAGGAGGACAACUGCGACAUCUUCCAGAACCUCAGCAAGCGCCAGCGGCAGAGCCUGCGCAAGAUGGUCAUCGACAUGGUGCUGGCCACGGACAUGUCCAAGCACAUGACCCUCCUGGCUGACCUGAAGACCAUGGUGGAGACCAAGAAAGUGACUAGCUCGGGGGUCCUCCUGCUGGACAACUACUCUGAUCGCAUCCAGGUCCUACGGAACAUGGUGCACUGCGCGGACCUCAGCAACCCCACCAAGCCACUGGAGCUGUACCGCCAAUGGACGGACCGCAUUAUGGCCGAGUUCUUCCAGCAGGGUGACCGUGAGCGUGAGCGUGGCAUGGAAAUCAGCCCCAUGUGCGACAAACACACGGCCUCUGUGGAGAAGUCUCAGGUGGGUUUUAUCGACUACAUUGUGCACCCAUUGUGGGAGACGUGGGCGGACCUCGUCCACCCGGAUGCACAGGAGAUCCUGGACACGUUGGAAGACAACCGGGACUGGUACUACAGUGCCAUUCGCCAGAGCCCAUCGCCACCACCAGAGGAGGAGCCAGGGGGGCCAGGCCACCCACCCCCACCUGAUAAGUUCCAGUUUGAGCUGACGCUGGAGGAAGAAGAGGAGGAUGAGGUGUCCACAGCCCAGAUACCAUGCAUGGCCCAGGAUGUAUGGAAAGUGCGAGGACUGUCCACGGCCAAGGAGGCCAGGGCCCAGGAGCCAUGCCUAGCCAAGGCACCGUUCAAGGUCAAAGGCGAGGAUGAGUCCACGUCCCAAGAGGAGUCCAUGGAUGCCGUAAGCUGCAGCAGCCCCCCUGCCCUGUCUCCUGAAAGCCCCUAUCUGCCUGCCUUGAGGACCCCAUCCAUUCCAGAGGAGGCCCCGGGCCUCCUGGGCCUCCCCUCCAUGGCGGCAGAGGUGGGGGCCCACAGACAGCAUCAGGCUGCCAAGAGGGCUUGCUGCGCCUGCACAGGGACAUCAGGGGAGGACCCACUGGCCCUCCCAGGUUCUGGUGGGUGGGGAUCAGGAGACCCCACCUGAGCCCCAGUGCCGUCAUCCCAUCACCCUCCCUGCUCCCCUCCCCCACCAUCCGCCCCAGCCCACCUCCUCUGCUGCCUCAAAGACUCUUGGCCCUCCUGAGAAAAAAGAAAACAGAAAAGUGGGGUUUUUUCUCUUUUCUUUUUUUCCCCUUUCCCCCUGCCCCCACCCAUGGGGCCUUUUUUUGGAGGUGGGGGCUGGGAAACAAGGGGCUGAGGUCCCAGAAGGGAUUUUAUUUUUUGAAUUUUAAUUGUAAAGUUUUUAGAAAAAAGAAAAAAAAAAAAAAAGAUGAAACACAGCAACUGUAGAUGCUCCCGUUCCUGGUUCCCAUUUUCCACCUCCAGACCCCUCUUCCCCACUACCCCCACUAAUUCCAGGCUCAGUCUUCCAGCCUUUUCCACCCCUUCACCUGGGCCCAAGCAGGCAUGGGGUCUCCUUCUGGGCUUCUGAAUUUUGGAGGGUCUCCAGAAUGCAGCCAGGAAUAGCCAUUCUGGGUGGGGCUGGGCAUGGUUACUGCAGGAGGCCCCAGCUCCAGCCCCUCUCUGCCUUUCUGCACUCCCCAAAAGUCUUCCACCUCAUUUUGCACAACUCCAGCCAUCCUGACUAGGGGCUCAGGGAGCCAGGAGGAGCUGUUCACUUUAGGAUGCAGGGGGUGGUAUCCAAGGACAUUCACACCGCCAGCCUUGGAGCUGAGAUGUGAGGAGGGCCUGACCCCCCUCCGCUUCCCAUCCCUUGCCUCUUCCCCUUUGAGCUCACUUUGAAUUUUCCCUGUGUGGGGGGAGGGCUAUGAUCUGCACACCCCGACCCCCCCACUUCUUUCAGCUGCUUCUCCUCUUGUUUCUGCCUUAAUGAUUCCCAUGGCCAUAGGACAGGGGGUCGCAGUGGCUCACACCUGCACCUUGGUUGUGGAGGGGCCAGGCUCAGAGCUCCCAUCCUGGGCACCCCCUCACCCCUAGCGUCCUCCUGACCCCCUUCCAGACUCUGCCCGUGACUCCCAGCCCUUUGCCCUAGGAGGAAGCAAUAACGGUGUACACCUUCGUCCCUCAUCCUGGGCAGCUUUUCCCACCCUGGCACCAAAGUAAUUUCUCCGUGUCCCUACCUUGUUAAGUCUCUCCCUCUCCCCCAAGCUAGUCCCUGAGCAAUAUGACAGACAGAUGCAAGGCCAUUUUUCUCCAAGCCAUGGGGGACUGUCGGAAGGAAAGAUUCCCUUUAUCCCCACUCCUUACAGCCCUCAGCCUGGUUCUGCAGCUGGGCUGGGCAGGGCCUGUGUCAUUCAGUAACCUCCAUCCUGGGCUCCCUCUCCCCCAAUUCUGAGCACACGGUACUGUAGUCCCCAGUCCCCCCACAGCCUUCCAUCUGUCUGUUCACCCCGGUGGGGAGUAACACCCCGUCCCAACCCCACGAUGCUGUACAGGGUUCAUUUUUGUAGUGAAAGUCGUUUCUGUCCCGGCCGGUGACCGGAGUGGGCCUUUUCUUUCUUUUCUUUCAUUCUUUUUCUUUCUUAGCUACUUUUUUUUUUUUUUUUGUACAUUUUGUAUGUAAGGUUGGUUUGUAAAUUAUUCUACAGAGGCAAAAAAAGGGAAAAUAAACUUGCCCUUACCUGGCUGAUCCAGUCGGGAAGGUGGGGAGGGGGGGUCUCCCAGAGGGAGAGUCUCCAUUCCUGCUGUAUUAUACAAACUGUACCAUAGCCCCAGGAAAGUGUAGACUCACCAUGGUUGUUAAGAGAAGUCGUGUCAUCGAUGGGGGCACAGGCUGGGCAGAGCCUGCCCCCUUCCCCUUCCCCAGAGCUGGGGGUGACUGGUGAGGUGCCCCCCAACCCCUAAUCAGGGCUCCUCUCCCCAGGGUGGGUGCGGGACCCCCGUGAGCUCCUUGCGUGUUGUCCACUUUGAUGAUCAAUCAAUCGGUGCAUUGAUCGAUAAACAAUCCUUCGAUCUUGUCUCCAAUUAAACCGAGGCUUUCACCGAU